AUCCGAUUCCACAUCGUACUUACAACUCUCAGGCUAUCCGGCCUCCCAAUCCUGCACUUACAGUUGAAGAGCUAUGAAAUCUGAAAGUCGUGCAUGGUGCAAUAAAUCAUUGAUAGAUCAGAAUCGAAGUAUUCGAUCAAUCCAAAUCAUCGCAUCCACUUAUCGUUGUCUGAAUUGUUAUGGAUACGACAGUCCUGCGUGGAACCCGCUCCAAAGAUGUACAGAGAACAGUGUCGAACAGCUUAGCUACGUGGUACUAUGAACGUCACCGUAAUGUGUUUGCUUACAUCGUUUUUUUAUGUGUAAGUGACAGGCAUUUUCAUUUUCUUCCAGUCGGACGCGAUCUCCUAAACCUCUUUUCCGGGGAGAACCUCCUCGGACUUGAACGCGAACCUCAGAAAUCUGGAUGGAACCCAUGGAGGAAGCAUAUUUCAGCCACACCCAUUCCAGAUCAUUCUAGACGUUCUCUAUACUUAUUAUUGACAUGGUGCAAGUCGGUCUUUGCUGUGUUUGAAGAUCAAUGGCCGCGAGCUCUUCAAGCGUUUUGCUACUGGGAUCAGUUGAGUUAGCAGUGACGAUGCUGCGAGGGUGACGGACAAACAAAUGCAAAAGCCGGGAGGCGAGUGGAAUUUACGCGAGGCUGUGGAAUUGUAAUCAGUGUUGUCUCCUUGAUGGAAUUCACAAUAAUGUACCAUUGGAAGCGUUGAGACGUUUGUCCGGAUCCAUCCCCUUCCAUUUUACUUUCUCGUUGUCUAAUCAUCUGCGUCGGACGUCUUUUAUUCCCCUU